AUGUCUCAAUCAUUGCGUCCAUAUCUUCAAUGCGUCCGAGCCUCUCUCACCUCCGCGCUUGCGGUUUCGAACUUCGCAUCCCAGACGUCCGAGAGACAUAAUGUACCAGAAAUUGAGGCCCAAAGCUCUCCUGAACUCCUUCUUAACCCGCUUACCGUCUCUCGAAACGAAAAUGAGAAAGUCCUCAUCGAACCUAGUGUGAACAGUGUCCGUGUCAGCAUCAGGAUUAAGCAAGCGGACGAGAUUGAACAUAUCUUGGUCCACAAGUUCACCCGGUUUUUGACGCAGCGAGCCGAAUCUUUCUUCAUCUUACGACGGAAGCCAGUAAAGGGUUACGAUAUCUCGUUUCUAAUAACGAACCGAAACGUAGAGGAGAUGCUCAAGCACAAGCUAGUUGACUUCAUUAUCCAGUUUAUGGAGGAAGUCGAUAAAGAAAUUUCCGAGAUGAAGCUUUUCUUGAAUGCCCGUGCGCGAUUCGUCGCUGAGUCUUUCUUGACACCUUUUGACUGA